CAAAUCUCCGUGUGUCAGGUGUCUAGGACGGGCCGGGCAGGACGGGGUGUCAAGCGGAUGAGCCCGAGCGGUGUCGGGGAUGGAUCACAGGCGGCGGCUGUCGUUGCUUCUGUCCCGGUGGCAGAUAUGAUGCUCCUUACCAGGAAGCCGGAGGGCCCGAUCACAGCAGUGCGAUAUGGAGAUGGAUUGUAUGAUUCCUACAUGAGGGUCGACCAUGUGUUAGUACAGGAUGCUGCAGCAGAAAAAGAGAGUCCCUCCACUUUGCCUUCUAUUGGUAGACUUGUUAUAAGUACGAAUAAAUUCACAAUGAAGGAUCACCAACAGGUCAAAGUCCAGCAAUUAUUUGAGAACUCUGGAAAUCUUAGAGCUGGUGCCAAAAUCUCUGGAACUGACAGGGUGUUGCCAGUACUGACCAAAGAGAAGAGUUCAGACAGCUCAGGAAACUCUAAAUCCAGUGAUGGAUCCAUCAAGUCUGCAAAAGCCACCUAUCUAACUCCUGAACAAGCGCUGAAGCAACACAAACCUCAACUGGCAUCUUAUGAAUUGCAAGAGAUCAGCAAUUUUCAUGAAAUUUACUUUGUGGGUCCAAAUGCAAAAAAGAAACAAGGCAUUGUUGGGGGUACAAAUAAUGGAGGGUAUGAUGAUGACCAAGGUGGAUAUAUAUUAGUCCCUCAUGACCACCUGGCUUACCGUUAUGAAGUGAUCAAAAUCAUUGGGAAAGGUAGCUUUGGCCAGGUGGCAAAAGUUUAUGACCACAAACUUCAUCAACAUUUUGCACUCAAGAUUGUCCGCAAUGAAAAGAGAUUCCAUCGGCAGGCAGCAGAAGAGAUCCGCAUUCUGGAACAUCUAAAAAAGCAAGAUAAAACUGGGAGCAUGAAUGUUAUCCAUAUGCUGGAAAGCUUUACGUUCCGCAAUCACAUAUGCAUGACGUUUGAGUUGCUAAGCAUCAAUUUGUAUGAACUAAUUAAGAGAAACAAAUUCCAAGGUUUCAGUCUGCAGCUAGUCCGUAAGUUUGCUCAUUCAAUCUUGCAAUGCUUGGAAGCAUUGCACAGGCAUAACAUUAUCCACUGUGACCUUAAGCCAGAAAAUAUAUUGCUAAAGCAACAAGGGCGCAGUGGAAUUAAAGUGAUAGACUUUGGGUCGAGUUGCUUUGAACACCAGAGAGUCUACACAUAUAUACAGUCUCGUUUCUAUCGGGCACCCGAAGUCAUCUUGGGAAGUCGGUAUGGAAUGCCAAUUGACAUGUGGAGCUUUGGCUGCAUUUUAGUGGAGCUGUUGACUGGCUACCCUUUAUUUCCAGGGGAAGAUGAAGGAGAUCAGUUGGCAUGCAUGAUGGAACUCCUCGGCACUGCUCCUCCAAAGCUUUUAGAUCAAGCGAAAAGAACAAAAAACUUUGUCAGUUCUAAAGGCUAUCCUCGCUACUGCACAGCCACUACACUACCUAAUGGAUCUGUUGUCCUAAAUGGAAGCAGGUCACGAAGGGGCAAAAUGCGUGGUGCUCCUGGUAGCAAGGACUGGGUGGCAGCUUUGAAGGGCUGUGAAGAUGCUCUUUUCAUCGACUUCUUAAAAGGUUGUUUGAAUUGGGAUCCGUCUGCACGCUUGACCCCAACUCAGGCACUAAGGCACCAGUGGAUAUGCAAGCGAUUGCCUAAGCCCCCCGUAACAGAGAAGUCCACUGGAAAUAAAAUGACCAGCCAUAUUAGCUCUUUCCCAGGGAUAAGUUCUAAGCUACCCCCUGUCGCGGGGGUGGCCAAUAAGCUACGGGCCAAUUUAUUGAGUAACUCAGAUGGGAGCAUACCACUUAGAACUGUCUUGCCCAAAUUAGUCAGCUAG